AUGACUGGACGCGGCAAAGGUGGCAAAGGCUUGGGCAAAGGCGGCGCCAAGCGUCAUCGCAAGAUCCUACGCGACAACAUCCAGGGUAUCACAAAGCCCGCCAUCCGCCGUCUGGCGCGUCGUGGUGGUGUGAAGCGUAUCUCAGCCAUGAUCUACGAGGAGACCCGUGGUGUACUCAAGACCUUCCUUGAGGGUGUCAUCCGCGACGCCGUUACCUACACCGAGCACGCCAAGCGCAAGACUGUCACAUCCCUCGACGUUGUCUACGCCCUCAAGCGACAAGGCCGCACCCUUUACGGUUUCGGUGGUUAG